UUUAGGUAAUAUGGGGAAUAGGAUAAGUGAAGAGGAGGAAGAGAAGGAAGAGGAGGGAGAGGAGAGGUUGUUGAUAGGAGUGGAUGUAGAGAAUAUGAGUGAGGAGGAAAUUGAGGUUGCCAAGUUUUAUAAGAAACAACUGAUUGAUAUUGUUACUCAAAUUAAAGCCAAAUUCAUAAAUUGUAGAAUUAUUGAUAGAGAAAUUGAUCGUUUAUCGAGUGUUAGAGAUUUCAAUUUUAAGAAAAUGAUUGAAUUCAAUGCUCAUUCUUCAACUAUAUCUACCAGCUGCAAAAUAAUAUGGGAAAUUCUUAAGGAGAGAUACGUUGAUACUUCAGGCAAAAGCUUAUUCCCAUUAUAUUACGCUUUCAAUACUUCUCUCAAGAAAGAGAGCAUUAUUAACCUCGCAAUGAGAUACAAUUUAUCUAGUGAAAUUCUUAAAAUGAUAGAAGAUUACCCUAAACAAAUGAUAGAGCUAUGUAAUUCACAGACAGAAUGGCCGAUGCUAUAUGAUUUGGCUUUGCUAGAAACAGAAUUCUCACAAAAUGAAAUCAAACUUGCAGAAUGGUUGAUCAAAAAUACAAAGAAAUUUUCCAAGAACUGUUUUAACAAAACAUUCCUAGAAACAGCAAUUACCCACAUGUCUCCUAAUUUUGAUAUUUUGGCUGAACUGUAUUUAAAACUCAAUAUUAAAUGGGCUACCAUAAAAGUCUUAGAAAAAACAACAUUAAGGAAAAAUCUCUAUAGAAGCAUUCUAAAAUACCUUACCGAAGAAAAAUUAAUAAGCAAACACUACUAUAACAUGGUAAAAGACAACAGAAUCGCAGAUAUGUCAUUCAAAGGAAGGUCCAGAACAUUCAAAUGCUCUAAACCCCUCCUCCUCACCCAUACCCAACUCCAAUAACCCAAAUCCCACCCUAAAAAUCCUCUCAAUCAUCCACCACACC